AUGUCAAACUUUGUUCAGGAAUUUGAAGAAGAUGAACAGUUUCAAAGCACUGUCAUCUCACAGUCGUCUAAUGAAAGUCCUAAUCCUCUUGAACAUGAUCCAGAUGCGGAGGUUGUAGCAUUAUCUCCAAGGAGUCUAAUGGCAACCAACAGGUACAUCUGUGAAGUCUGUCAUAAAGGAUUUCAAAGAGAUCAGAACCUUCAGCUCCAUAGGAGAGGACAUAACUUGCCUUGGAAACUGAAGCAAAGAACAAAUACGCAGGUGAAGAAAAGGGUUUACGUAUGUCCUGAGCCAAAUUGUGUGCAUCAUGAUCCAAGCCGGGCUCUAGGUGACUUGACUGGCAUUAAGAAGCACUUCUGCAGGAAGCAUGGAGAAAAGAAAUGGAAGUGUGAUAAGUGCUCCAAGCGAUAUGCUGUUCAAUCAGACUGGAAGGCACAUACAAAGAUCUGUGGCACCCGAGAAUAUCGCUGUCAUUGUGGCACAAUUUUUUCGAGGAAGGAUAGCUUCGUCACACACAGAGCCUUCUGUGAUGCAUUAACAGAGGAAAAUUACAAGGUGAACCAGAACCUUGCCCCCAUAGGAGGAAUUUUGCAAAGACAGGCACAAGAGCUGUUCUCUUCAUCAAUGCCCUGCUCUGAUUCAUGCUCCAACGCAAACACGAUGAUGAAUCUGUCAAUUUCGAAUGAGAACAUGAACAAUUCACUGAGGCCAUUAUGUUUGAAUUUGGCUGGAUUCAUGAUGCCUAGCAAUUUAGAUCAAAAUUUCAAUCCAAGAACAUCACCGGCAUCUACUCUUGCAAUUGGUUCUGCUUAUACAUCUGCCACAGCCUUGUUACAAAAAGCUGCAGAAAUGGGCGCUAAGAUCGGUGAUAAUACAAUCGCCCCAAUACUACUCAGAAGUUUUACUGGAUAUUCAACCAGCAACAUGAACUCAUCUGGGUCUGUCCAAGAAGGUUGCUCCAUGGUUGGUAGUAACACAGCAACGAAUGCCGCAAGCAUCGAUGGUUUCUACAUGGGAGAAGAAACAUAUGACAAAAAUUUGGAGUCAGGGGAUCCUAGAUCUCACCAUACUCUUGAUCCAACUGCGUUGUUCGAUUCUCAUUUUCUGCACUCAGAGAAUGGGAAUGCUUCAAAUCUGUUGGGAGAACUGUACGUGGAAGGAGGCGAAAAAUUGACAGUUGAUUUCUUAGGUGUGGAACCACCAGGACAUCAGAGUGCCGGCAAGAAGCUUUGACCGAAACGUAAUGAACUUGGUGUACUCCGAUGCGCAGCGAAGCCCGAACAAUUUGCGUUCAAACUGGUGAACAACCGAUCUGAUUCCAGUUUUAAGUUGUUAGUGAUGUCGUAAUAAUUACACUGCUUGUUCCAGAAAGAGAAAACUGUUCCCAUUUCAAUUUUGGUUUAACAGAAUCGGAACGAAUCAAUCAUGCUAAUAAGAUUUAGGAGCGGAGUGAAUGAUGUACUGCAUGGUUGCUGCUAAUUUUGUUUUAACUAGUGAUUUUCAGAGUUUCAACUCCCCACGAUGGCAAAUUUUUUCCGUAAUACAUCCAUAAUCACAUGAUUUGCAACUUCAUCAUUAAAAAAAAUGUUGGAAUAGGACCCCUUUUUAAAAUAAAUAAAUAAACAACUUAUUCAUGUUCGCGC